UACGCCAAACCGCCGCUCUAUAUCGACUAUGGCACCAAUCUCCACAUUGGGUCUUCAACGUUCAUCAACCGUAACUUCACUGUUUUGGACACUCCUGUGCUGCCAGUCAGUAUAGGGGAACGCUGUCUGAUUGGCCCCAACGUCUCGAUUUAUGCAGUUUCACACCCACUUGAUUGGCAGGAAAGGAACGGUCCUUUGGGAGCACCGAGUCUAGCAAGUGAGGUGAGGAUCGAGGAUGAUGUUUGGAUCGGGGGCGGAGUAAUCAUCAUGCCUGGCGUGAAGAUCGGAAAAGGCUGCGUGAUCGGCGCCGGAAGCGUAGUGACCAAGGUACAUAAGACCUGUUCUGGCCUCUAUCCAAGUGGGUGUAAGAGCUAA